UGAGCCGGGAGCAAAGUGACGCCAGCUGCACAACAUCAGGAUGUCAGGGGAAUUAUUUGAGAAACAGAAGACGAUAGACCUGAGGAAGAAGCACGUUGGGCCGUCCUGUAAGAUUUUCUUCAGCCAUGACCCCAUCAAGAUCGUGCGAGCCAAAGGCCAGUACAUGUAUGAUGAGAAAGGGCAGCGCUACCUGGACUGCAUCAACAACGUGGCUCACGUGGGCCACUGUCACCCGGAGGUGGUGAAGGCGGGGGCUCAGCAGAUGGAGCUGCUCAACACCAACUCACGUUUCUUGCACGACAACCUCGUACUGUAUGCCCAGAGGCUGCAGGCCACGCUACCCAGCAAGCUGUCUGUGUGCUACUUUGUCAACUCUGGCUCCGAAGCCAACGACCUGGCGCUCCGUCUGGCACGGCAGUACACGGGCCACAAAGACAUCAUCACGUUGGAGAACGCGUACCACGGCCAUGUCUCAUCGCUCAUUGACAUCAGCCCGUAUAAGUUCCACCAGCUGUCAGAUGCUGAGCAGAACCAAUUUGUCCAUGUGGCUCCAAGCCCGGAUGUGUACAGAGGCAAAUACAGAGCGGACCACCCAGACCCUGCCACAGCGUAUGCAGACGAAGUCAAAGAUAUAAUACACAGAGUCCAUGAAAAAGGAGGCAAGAUCGCCGCUUUCACUGCUGAGUCAUUGCAGAGUUGCGGCGGGCAGGUCAUUCCCCCCGUGGGCUACUUCCAGCAAGUGGCAGAGCAUGUGCGCAAGGCGGGGGGCGUUUUCAUCGCCGACGAAGUCCAAGUGGGCUUCGGGCGUGUCGGCACCCACUUCUGGGCCUUCCAGCUCCAGGGAGAGGACUUCGUGCCUGACAUUGUCACCAUGGGAAAGCCUAUCGGCAACGGCCACCCCAUGUCAUGUGUGGUCACGACCAAAGAGGUGGCAGAGGCCUUCUUGUUGUCUGGAAUGGAGUAUUUCAAUACGUUUGGCGGCAACCCAGUGUCGUGCGCCAUCGGCCUGGCCGUCCUAGACGUGAUUGUGAAAGAGGAUCUGCAGGGUAAUGCGCUGCGCGUGGGGCGAUACCUGACCAGUCUGCUGGAAAAGCAGAAAGAGAAGCAUCCGCUGGUUGGUGACAUCAGGGGGCGAGGCCUCUUUGUCGGAGUGGAGCUUGUGAGGGACAGGUUGAAGCUCACCCCUGCUACAGCAGAAGCCCAAGAAGUCAUCUAUAAGCUAAAGGAACAGCACAUCCUGCUCAGUGCUGACGGACCUCAUCGCAAUGUGCUCAAAUUUAAGCCCCCCAUGUGCUUCACUACGGAGGACGCUGACCUGGUGGUGGAGAAGAUCGACCAGAUUCUCACAGAACUGGAGGAAGCCGUAGGUUUGAAGCUGCACAACACACUGAAUGUAAAGAAUGACGGCAGCAAAAGAAAGCUGCCAUCUGAUGAAAAUGGACACCAGUGUCACAGUGGGUUAGUACACAACCCAGGAUCUCAACAAACCAAACAAAGCAAACGCCUCAAGACAUAACAGCGCUGCUUCGACACUUUAUCUUAAAUAACUGGUAACAGACACUAAACAUAGGAAACGCUGGGAUACAAAGUGAAGUGCCUUAGCAUGUAACCUAAUGAAAAAUGUUUAUUAAAUUAAUAAUAAUAAUACACUGUCUAUCUAUGAGAUUACAGUGUCUUCUCAGGUAUUAUUUUUUCAAUUACGCUUGAUAAUUAAGACACUUGUUUAGCAUAACAAAGUGUUAUUAUGGUGCAAAACAUAAUAACUCUCAGGUUGUGUAACACUUACCAGAUUACACAACCUAACUAACUGUUCUUAUUUUAAUUUUUGCCAACAUUCACUUGACCGUGAUUUUCAGGGAGUGAUGAUUUUAAUCAAAACGUAUCAUGUCAGAACAAGAAAUGGUGUUGUCAUGUGACUUGAAUAUGAAGAUACAGUCGUGACUGACUGUGAAAACUGCUCAUUGUAUUUGAAAGUGCGGAAUACAGCGACACUUUUUGUCUUGAAUCAAUCUGAAUUGAAUAAAAUACUGUAUGAAAGUACUGUAUGUGAUAUCCAGAGUGCAAAUUCUGGCCCUGACCUCUGCCUUCCAGGAGGAUUUGGCCUGAAUCAAGCACAUGUGGAAUGUACAUGAAAGUGAAAACUAGCUGGACUGUGUGAAGGCCACCAAGCAAAUCUUAAACCAGUCUGCCUCACAAACAUGGACGCUGUUUGACAAGUCAGCGGUGAUUAACUAACGGUCCCAUGUCCCUUAACAGAGGCGGUUUGAUGAUUUUGUUUUACUUCCUGAUUGAAUUAUGCAUUGAUUAAUCUUUUUUUGGCAUGUGUUGUAUCUGUAUAACAUCCGAUGUGCAGAAUUAGGACCUACAGCUGUGGACUGUAUUUCCAGUAUGUACUUGCAUGACAGCAGGUGUGUCAUUACAAGCUCUUAAUUUCCUUUUUGUUAGAUGAUUCCUUGAAUGAGCAUCUUGUGACCAAAAGCUU